AUGAAGAACGAAAAUCAUGGUUUCUCUGUUCUGUUCCUUCAGGGUGUGGAAGCUGCUCAAAGAGAUGAUAUGGUAACUAGCAUGGUGUAUGAAGCAAGUGCAAGGGUGAAGGACCCUGUGAAUGGCUGCGCAAGUGAAGUCCACAAACUUCAGAAGCGAAUUGCUGAGCUGGAAUCGCAGUUGGGAACCAAAGAAGCAGAGCUAAAGCAUAUGCGGGCUCAGUACUUUAAUCUUGCAUUACCCUUGCCCGCUGGAUCACUUGAUGCUCAACUUCCUGUACAUCCAACAGAUAAUCACAUGAUGCAUGAGGAGGUGGAUCCCUUGCUGUCCUGGUGGCCGUUAUGGGAAGUAUAG